CCGAGGAGGGAAGAUGGCGGCGGGCUCGGAUCUGCUGGACGAGGUCUUCUUCAACAGCGAGGUGGACGAGAAAGUGGUGAGCGACCUGGUGGGCUCGCUCGAGUCGCAGCUGGCGGCCAGCGCGGCCCACCACCACCACCUCGCGCCGCGCACGCCCGAGGUGCGGGCCGCGGCCGCCGGCGCGCUCGGGAACCAUGUUGUGAGCGGCAGCCCGGCCGGAGCCGCGGGCGCCGGCGCGGCCGCCCCCGCCGAGGGCGCGCCCGGAGCGGCGCCGGAGCCGCCCCCCGCAGGUAGAGCGCGGCCGGGGGGCGGGGGGCCGCGGCGCGAGGGCCCCGGCUCACCGCUCCGCCCGCUUGUCCCCGCAGGGCCCGCGGCGCCGCCGGCCGCGAAGCUGAGGCCGCCGCCCGAGGGCAGCGCGGGGCCCUGCGCCCCGGCCCCCGCCGCCGCCGCCGCCGCCGCCAGCGCGGGGCCGGAGCCCGCCGCCGCCGCCGGCCCCGCCAAGCCCGCCGGCCCCGCCGCGCCGGCCGCCCGCGCGGGGCCCGGCCCCGGGCCCGGCGCCGCCAAGCCCGCCGGCCCCGCCGCGCAAACUUUGAAUGGGGGCGCCGCGCUGCUGAACUCGCACCACGCCGCACCUGCUGUCAGCCUGGUCAACAACGGGCCCGCGCCGCCGCCGCCGCCGCCCAAGCCCGCGCCCGGCACUGUCAUCCAGACGCCCCCCUUCCUGGGCGCCGCCGCGCCCCCCGCGCCCGCCGCCGCCGCCCCCUCGCCCCCCGCCGCCCCCGCGCCCGCCGCCGCCCCGCCCCCGCCGCCGCCCGCGCCGGCCACCCUGGCCCGGCCGCCCGGCCACCCGGCCGGACCCGCGCCCGCCGCGCCGCCCCCCGCCGCCGCCGCCGCCGCUGCCGCCGCGCAGAACGGGGGCAGCGCUGGGGCCGCCCCCGCCCCCGCCCCUGCUCCGGCCGCCGGGGGCCCCGCGGGGGGCAGCGGCCAGCCUGGGCCAGGCGUGCCCGCCGCGGCGCCCGUGCCGGGGGUCAAGGCCGAGUCGCCCAAGACGGUGGUGGCGGCGGCGGCGCCCCCGCCCCCGCAGACCCUGGCGGCCGGCGGCGCGGCCAGCUCCACGCCCGGCAUGAUCCUGGGGCCAACUAUGCAAGGGGCGCUGCCCAGCCCGGCCGGCGUCCCGCCGCCCGCCCCCGGGACCCCCACGGGGCUGCCCAAAGGCGCGGCCGGCGCCGUGACCCAGAGCCUGCCCCGCACGCCCACGGCCACCAGCGGCGGGAUCCGGGCCACCCUGACGCCCACCGUGCUGGCCCCACGCCUGCCGCAGCCGCCGCAGAACCCGACCAACAUCCAGAACUUCCAGCUGCCCCCAGGAAUGGUCCUCGUGCGCAGCGAGAACGGGCAGUUGUUGAUGAUCCCUCAGCAGGCCCUGGCCCAGAUGCAGGCUCAGGCCCACGCCCAGGCCCAGCCUCAGAGCACCAUGGCGCCCCGCCCUGCAACCCCCACAAGUGCCCCUCCUGUCCAGAUCUCCACCGUACAGGCGCCUGGGACACCUAUCAUUGCACGGCAGGUGACCCCCACGACCAUAAUUAAGCAAGUGUCUCAGGCCCAGACGACGGUACAGUCCACUACAACCCUACAGCGCUCCCCUGGCGUUCAGCCUCAGCUCGUCCUGGGUGGCGCUGCCCAGACGACUUCCCUGGGGACAGCGACCGCUGUUCAAGCUGGAACAUCUCAGCGACCCGUCCCCGGGGCCACCACCUCCACAGCUGCCGCGGAAACCAUGGAAAACGUGAAGAAAUGUAAGAAUUUUUUGUCCACAUUGAUAAAGCUGGCUUCGUCUGGCAAACAGUCCACGGAGACAGCAGCAAACGUCAAAGAGCUGGUGCAGAACCUACUGGAUGGAAAAAUCGAAGCGGAAGAUUUCACCAGCAGGUUGUACCGCGAGCUCAAUUCCUCACCUCAACCCUACCUUGUGCCUUUCCUGAAGAGGAGCUUACCCGCCUUGCGGCAGCUGACGCCGGACUCCGCAGCCUUCAUCCAGCAGAGUCAGCAGCAGCCGCCUCCCGCCUCGCAGGCCACCACGGCGCUCACGGCCGUGGUUCUGAGCAGCUCCGUGCAGCGCACGGCUGGGAAGACGGCGGCCACCGUGACCAGCACCCUGCAGCCCCCCGUCAUCAGCCUCGCGCAGCCCACGCAGGUUGGCGUGGGCAAGCAGGCGCAGCCCGCCCCGCUGGUGAUCCAGCAGCCCCCGAAGCCAGGAGCCCUGAUCCGGCCCCCGCAGGUGACGUUGACACAGACGCCCAUGGUCGCCCUGCGGCAGCCUCACAGCCGGAUCAUGCUGACCACGCCCCAGCAGAUCCAGCUGAACCAGCUGCAGCCAGUCCCCGUGGUGAAACCUGCCGUGUUACCUGGAACCAAAGCUCUCUCUGCGGUCUCGGCCCAGGCAGCUGCUGCUCAGAAAAACAAGCUCAAGGAGCCUGGGGGAGGCUCCUUCCGGGACGACGACGACAUCAACGAUGUUGCGUCGAUGGCCGGAGUAAACCUGUCCGAAGAAAGUGCGAGGAUACUGGCCACGAACUCUGAGAUCGUGGGCACGCUGACCCGGUCCUGCAAGGACGAGACCUUCCUUCUGCCGGCGCCUUUGCAGAGGAGAAUCUUAGAAAUCGGUAAGAAACACGGCAUCACGGAGUUGCACCCCGAUGUCGUGAGCUACGUAUCACAUGCCACACAGCAGCGGCUACAGAACCUCGUGGAAAAAAUAUCGGAGACGGCGCAGCAGAAGAACUUCUCCUACAAGGACGACGACAGGUACGAGCAGGCGAGCGACGUCCGGGCGCAGCUCAAGUUCUUCGAGCAGCUCGAUCAGAUCGAGAAGCAGAGGAAGGACGAGCAGGAGCGGGAGAUCCUCAUGCGGGCAGCCAAGUCUCGAUCCAGACAAGAAGACCCCGAGCAGUUAAGGUUGAAACAGAAGGCGAAAGAGAUGCAGCAGCAGGAGCUGGCACAGCUGAGGCAGCGCGACGCCAACCUGACGGCGCUCGCGGCCAUCGGGCCCAGGAAGAAGAGGAGAGCGGACUGGCCGGGGGCGGCGGCGGGAGCAGAGGGCUCGGGCCCGGGCUCGGCGGUGCCAGGCAGCUCCGGCGUCGGGACCCCCAGACAGUUCACGCGGCAAAGAAUCACGCGGGUCAACCUCAGGGACCUCAUAUUCUGUUUAGAAAACGAGCGUGAGACAAGCCAUUCGCUGCUGCUCUACAAAGCGUUCCUCAAGUGACGGGCGGGCGGGCCCGGACGGAUGCCGCCGCGGACGCUUUUCUACGCCUUUUUGUAACGAGCAAGGGGAUCUUGUUUAAAAACAGCCACCUCUUUCCAGUGGGCAGUUUUCUAUCCGGUUUCUAAUCAGCUCUUCAGUGUGGAAGAGGACCCGUUCCUGUAGCCGAGAACAGAGGCCUGUGGCUCCUCCUACAGGACGCCGAAUCUUAGCUCAUCUCCGAGUGAGUGGCCUUCUUGCCAAACAAGCCAUAUAUAGACUGGCGGAGCCGCUGCGGGCGCGCCGUGCCCUGGCCGUGCGUGCGGGCGUGGCCCGUGUAGGUGUGUCUGCAGCCCACGACCUCAUCGCCUUUAUCUUAUUUUCGUCAUAGUCAGUUGGCAAAGCAAACUGAUUUUUUAGACCCCCCCCCCCCCCCGCCCCUCUGCUGAGGAUUCUCGAGGGGUCGCCCCCCGGCGGCGCCUCGGAAUGCGUGUCAGCAUGCGUGCAGAGCAGUUCGUUGCUGUAGUUUGUAAAGCUGUAAAGUUAAAGAAAUGAAAACCUUUUCAGCAUAAAUAUAUUUUACUUGCACUGUGUUUUUUAGCUCAAAGUGAAAACUUAGAUUAAAUAAAAUCAGAGUUGAGAAGAAUCAUCCAGGACUGGUUCUCAGUGUGAUCAAGUGUUGGGAGAUGCUGUACCUGCCGGUGACUGGCGCGACCUCCGGCACAGAGCGGGAGCGGCCGCGCACGCUCGGUGGUUUUGCUGAGACUGCGAGCUGUGGGCCCCCUUUGCAGGCGCCAGAGCCGAGCCCCUCUUUGUACCUAUUUUUUUAUUACAAAUAUACUAAUUGGUUCUUUAUAUUUUCAGAGGUUAUUGUAUUAAUUGUCUAUGGAUAGUACUUUUCUGACUGUAAAUACCCGGCUUUCUCUGGGUCCUCACGUCAGUGUCGUCCGCGCGCCCGGUGCCGGCCGGGAUUUUCCACCACGCCUGAGAACUGUCACCGCCUUUUAUUUUGUCUUUUAGGAGAUCCCUGUCUUUCCAUUUUUCAUGUAAAUUUUGCACAGUUACUUGUUCAUAUGUAAAUAUUUUACUUUCAAAAAUGAAGUUUUUAAUUGCUAUUGUUUUA